AUGACUAACAGUGGAGCAUCAAUUCCAGUUUUGGGCAAGAAACGUGUACGAGGACCGACCCGAGGAAAGAAUGUUGAGAAGAUUAGAAAGGAACGUGGUGAUCGAAUACCCGUUACACUUAACCGUUUGACCAAAGCAAUAGAAGGGGAAUACGCCACACCGCUAGCAGCUGCUCUUGGUCAACAAAUUCGAGUUCAUGCCCCAGUUCGAAAUGAUGGAUGGCUAGAAAUUGCCUUUGGGUUAAGAGAGUCCAUUGUUACAAGAGUUGGGCAAACUUUUGACUUUGGGGACUACAAUAAUGAUGUGGAUGUGAGAUGUAUUAUUGAUCAUAAGUGCCAAACUUUGUACAGUGAAUGGAAAAGUAGAUUACACACACACUACAAAUCCCUUAAAGAAAACAAUGUAUCUGACCUCAAAAGUCAGAUACUAUAUCCUUGUACAAAGGAUGAUUGGGAAUGGAUGAUUGACAAUUUGUGGGAAACUGAUGAUUGGAAGGUAAAGUCAGAGAAUGCGAUGAAAGCGAGAGGUUGUGUGAAGUAUAAUCAUACGAGUGGCUCGAGAUCAUUUGCAUCGCGAGCAUCUAUCAUUGUACAAGGAAGCAAACCGACUAUUACGAAACUAUUCGAGGACACCCACAAACGUCACCGACAUGGGGGAGUGUGGAUAAAUAACACAGCUGAGGAACAUCAUGCCACUAUGGUUUCAAAGAUCGCUGAGCAAUCUCAACCUAGUGUCACACAUCCAUUGUCUGAGGAGCAGAUUUCUAGAGAAGUACUUGGGAAGAGGUCGGUCUUCUUGAAGGGAUACGGGAUCCGCAAGGACAGUACUUCAUCUUCUACACAUUUUGAGGCUCCUAACUCCGAGGUGAUUGUUCUUCAACAGCAGUUAGUUGACCAGCGACAACAAUUAGCUGACCAAGGAAAGCAGUUAGUUGACCAGGCUCAAAGCAUGAGUACAAUGCAAACUAUCAUUCAAAUGUUGGCAGCAAAAAAUGGAAUAGAUCUAGCAAACAUUCUGGGGUUAGUUCCAAGCAACAAUGCUGGUGAGGAUGCAUCGGGUGUAAGGGAGGAUGAAACUUCUCUUGGUUGA